AGGCGACACGUUUCGAUGCAGUUUGUGGUGCGUAGAAAUGACUGCGGAGUGAGAGCUCGCUGCUAUGACGAUCUCCGGUCUCCUUCUGUAUGCAUGGCGGGAUUUAUCCGGUGUGUUGUUGUGAAGAAGACAUUUCACAUUUUCAGCAACUCUGUGCGGAGGUUCUUUGCAGUUGACACUCGAUGGUUCCAGUCUGUGAGAGGAAGAGCACCAGCCGGCAAAUUCUGGAUUAACGUUAUAUCUUUUUCACACUUAGCUACAGGAUCCACGAUGAGUAAGAAGCUGCUGGUGGAUGUAGACUGUGGAACUGAUGAUGCUCAGGCCAUCAUGUUGGCGCUGGCCGCCCCCAAUGUGCAGAUCCUGGGUAUCACCUGCGUGCAUGGAAACACCACAGUGGAGAACGUGUGUAAGAACAGCCUGCGGGUUCUGCAAGCCUGCAAUAAACUCGAGAUUCCAGUGUUUAAAGGUGCAGCUAAGCCUAUCCUCGGGAUCAGCAUUAGUGCAGGAGACUUCCACGGGCAGGACGGGCUAGGAGACGCUCCUGACUCCAACGCUCCUGGUCUGGACCUGGUUCAGAAGGAGAGCGCUGUGUCAGCUAUGAUUAGGAUUGUCAAUGAGAACCCAGGACAGGUAUCUCUGGUUGCAACAGCACCCCUUACCAACCUGGCUCUGGCUGUGAGGAUGGAUCCAUCUCUACCGAGCAAACUCCGGGGGCUCUACAUCAUGGGAGGCAACACUGAAUCUCGAGGGAACACUACAGUGUGCGCAGAGUUCAAUUUUGCUGCUGAUCCAGAAGCUGCGUACAUUGUACUGAACGGCUACGAGUGUCCCACCUACUUGGCCUGCUGGGAGUUUACCUGCCACAGCAAGCUGUCCUGGGAGUUUUGCAACGAAUGGUUGGCGCAAGACACUGAUAAAGCUCGCUUUAUGUCACGGAUCUUCCGGUACAGCAUGGAGGUAUCACAAAAUGAACGCUUCCAGAAAGAGCUUGUCGCCGGUACAGGUUUUAUUUCCUGUGACUCAUACGCCAUGGCAGCUGCCGUAGACGAUGCUUUCAUCACAGAAAGCGACAGUUACCCAGUUAGCGUGGAGCUGACGGGCACACACACCAGAGGCAUGAUGAUAGUGGAUACGAUAGGCUUCCUGAAGAAGACUCACAAAGCUUUUAUCAUGAAGAAGGUGGACAUGGAGAAGUUCAAGCAGAUGAUGAUUGCUGCUUUAAAAUAGCAGUUCUGAAUAAUAUAAGGAGGUAUUAGUGACCACCAUGUCAAUUUUUCUGUCCACAUUUUGGUGCAGUAUGAUUUUCUGAAGAGUUGAUACUCACAUUUCUCUAUUUCUAAAAACAUUCUAUAUAUAACAAAUAGACCAUUGUGGCACUGUGCAACUAACAGCAAACUGUAAUUUCACACUGUAUAGCAGGAAAGAUUGGUGCUGAAAUAUUAAUGCUUAUGGAAGACUUACUACAGUAUCUUUAUACCUCCAUUGUAUGACACCAUUACAGUUUUUCUAGUGAACUACAAAGCUCGUUUCAUUCAUGUAUUUUAAUGAUGGAACCUCAUUAAAACUUUAAUAGAAACUCU